AUGGCCGGCAAGAAGAGGAAGGCUAUUGGCAAUAAUAGUAACCUCGGACUCGAUUACUAUUUUCGAAGGCAACAACAUAAUGUCUUGUUAACUGAAUCCUCAACAUUCCCACACGGCCACAGAGAGAUCACAAACGUACCCCCGAAAACUGACGAAGAGUUUGCUCGUGAGCUUCAAGCGAAAUGGAAUCGAGAAAAUAUUUCCACGACUUGCGAUAAAUCGAAAAGGGUUCCUGAUAUGAAUAAAAAGCUACCUGAUUACAAUCUUACCGACUCAGAUAAGUUUCCUCAAGAAACCGAUGAGGAGAUUGCUCGUAAACUCCAAGCAGAAUGGUGUCAAGAGGAAGUAGUGGUUAACUGCAACAAAUCAAGUAAGAUUCCUGAAAAUCUUCCAUCGGGCUCACAACCUACUGGUAAAGAGGCUUGCCUCUCGGAAAUUAGCAGCUCGUACUGUGAUAAAGAUAUGGGGAUAACUCCAACUUCCAAAAAUAUUAUCAAGUCUCUAUCGACCGAGAAAGAGAGAACUUUAUCUAUAAAGUUGACCGAAAAUACGGCUGAUGAAGAAGGCUCAAAUAUUCCAUUUGGAGAAAGUCCCUUGAAAUUCAGACCAUCAAAUUAUAAAGAAGAGCUCAGGAAUUAUUCGACCACUAAAGGAGGCAAUUUAUCUUAUUCGCUUUUAACAAAAUGUUUUAUGCUUAUCAGUGGGACCUCAAGUAGGAUCAAAAUAAUAGAUACUUUGGUUAACCUUCUUCGACUCCUCAUAGAAGGAGAUCCCAAUAGUCUAAUUCCGGCUGUGUGGCUCGCAACUAAUGCCAUCUCUCCACCCUACCAGUCCUUAGAGAUAGGCCUUGGUGGUUCUGCUAUAUCUAAGGCGCUAAGAAAUGUUUAUGGAUUAGACGCCAAGUCUCUAAAAACUUUGUAUAAGAAAUGUGGAGACGCAGGGGAUGUAGCAUUCGAAGCAAAAAAAAGACAAAAGUUCACUCUCAAAAAACCGAAACCUCUGACUAUUAUUGGUGUCUAUCAAUCUUUAGUUCAAUUAGCCAUGGCAAAGGGCAAUGGGAGUAAUGAGUUUAAACAGAGAAUCGUUGAUCGUUUACUUCAAGAAGCACGUGGAGCCGAGGAGAGCCGUUACGUUGUAAGAACUCUGUGCCAACACUUGCGUAUAGGAGCUGUAAGGACUACAAUGCUAAUUGCACUCUCCCGUGCAUUUCAGCUAUCAUGCCCGACUGGAGUAAACUUCCACUUAAAAUCCUCACAGGAACUUUCUUCAAUGUCCAAAGAAACUUUAGCUACAUUUUGGUCUAAUGGAGAAGAAUUAGUAAAAUCUUGCUUUGCCAAACAGCCUAACUACAAUGAACUUGUUACUCACCUCCUUCAGGUUGGUGUUUGUGAUGAACUCAUAGCUCGAUGCAGACUUAAGCUUCACAUUCCUAUUCUUCCCAUGCUAGGGAAUGUAACUCGCGAUAUAACUGACGUCUUUCUAAAGCUAGAGGGACAGCCAUUUAGUUGUGAAUACAAAUAUGAUGGCCAAAGAGCACAAGUUCAUUGUGAUGAUCGGGAAGUUGUCUCCAUAUUUUCUAGGCAUCUGGAAAUAAUGACCGACAAAUAUCCUGAUCUUGUAUCACUUAUUCCUAGUAUAAAAAGCAGCCGAGUUUCAAGCUUCAUCCUGGAAGGUGAGGUUGUUGCUGUUUGUCAGUCAUCGGGAGACAUAAAGUCUUUUCAAGCACUAUCGAAUCGAGCGAGAAAAGAUGUGCAGAUAGAAAAUAUCACAAUACAAGUCUGCUUAUUCGCAUUCGAUCUUAUGUUUUUGAAUGGUCAGUCUUUGUUGGAAAAAUCAUUCAGAGAACGACGUGCGCUUCUUCGGAAUUUAUUUGUCGAAAUUCCCAAUCAAUUUACGAUGGUAAAAAGUAUUGAUGUCAUGAAUCAAAAUGUAGAUCAAGAUAUGGAUCAAGUACUUGAAUUUUUCAAAUCUGCGACAGAAAAUAAAUGUGAAGGUAUCAUGGUCAAAUUACUUGAUAAUAAGACCGAUAUCUCCAGCCAGGAUGCCUAUGAAGAAUCAGUUUCUAGAAAGGUGGUUACAAAUACAACGAAGGAGAUAGUGGAAGCCAGACGGCCGAAUUUGAGAAAGAAGAACAACCGCAAAGAUUUGCUGUGUACUUAUGAGCCGGAUAAACGCCUCAAUUCCUGGCUCAAGGUCAAAAAGGAUUACAGUACGACAUUUGACACACUUGACCUUAUUCCGAUAGCUGGAUGGCAUGGUCAAGGCCGGAAGUCUAAGUGGUGGUCACCGAUUCUUUUUGCCGUGCGCAAUGAGGAAACAGGUUCAUUAGAAGCAGUGUGUAAGUGUAUAUCAGGAUUUACAGAUUCUUUCUAUGCAGAAAACAAAGAAUUUUAUAGGGAAAAUGGUCCCAACGUUUUAUCCAGCAAACCUGGAUAUAUUGAAUACAGUGGAGGCAGCCCAGAUGUCUGGUUCGAGCCGCAAGAGGUUUUUGAGCUCACCUUUGCUGAUAUUACACUCAGCCCAGUAUAUACUGCAUCAAUUGGGCUCGUAAGUGAUGAGCGUGGCUUAAGUUUGAGAUUUCCUCGCUUCUUAAAGAAACGGAAUGACAAGAGUAUUGAUGAAGCAAGCACAAGCGAAUUCUUGGCUGGAUUAUUCAAAAAACAAGAAAAGAAGUCUUCGGCACGCGAAAGUGAAUUUAAAUUUGAUAUUGUGCAUAAUGAAUAA